AUGUCUGUCCGCACAUACGUCGGAUUAAUUACUCCAGCGGUUAGUCGGCACACUACGCUUACUCGUGGCCAAGUUACCGGUAUAUAUACGGGCAGACCGGCCUCCAAUUGCAGUUACUCGUGGCUGAUGCACCGCACGACGCAUCUCGAAACCCACACGCAGACGGCAACCCCGAAGCUCGCACUAGAAACACCCUCGGUAGCACUCCAGAGUACUCGAACGCACUCACGUCGACGGAUCAUGAUGUUGCCAACGAGCACUGAUUCAAUAAGACAAUUUCGCCCCGGCGACACUCCUUGCAAAGUAUUCUACCACGACAACACGCCGUUCCAAUUAGAGGGAUUCACGUGCACACUGGCUCUGGCUCGUACACGGAUCGACUCGAUCGAUAUUCUAGAUAGGUGA